GCGUCGCUCGCAUCACCAGCAUCAGAGCACAGAGGAACAAACCCAGCGUUUCCCUCAAAUCUGCCUCUUCCAUUCGCUUUUUUGGGCACGGAACUCCACGUUGCGCUUCCAACUCGUCGUUAACGUGGAGAGAAAUCGCAUUCUGUGGAACGACAAGAGGUUUUUUUUUUUUGGAGAGGAGUAGAGGCGCUGUGCUCGUGCGUAUUCACCGUUUCCCUUCGCACGUCGUUCUGUUUUAAGUUGACGUUUCAGUUUGUGGAUGUAAAAGCAGCUCAGAGCCACUUUGAGGGAUUGGAACUGGCGUGGCACAAACGAGCUUCUCCUUAACGCUUCAACAAUGAGCCCGGUUUAGAAGGUUUUCAAGACUCUCCUGUGGCUCCGCCCUCGCCCCCCCCCAUGUCUCCGCACCACCAUGACCUCCCGCCGCUGCUCUGACCUGAUGGAGACCACACCUACUCCCUACUGAUAGGAUGCCUGCGCUGCCCGCCGCCGCCACCGCCUCCUCCUCACGUCCGCCCGCUAAGCUCCGCCCCGCUCCUCUCCUCCAACAUGGUGGAUGAAGCCACCACCAUGAAGGAUGACGUCAUCAACGCCAACACGCUGGCUUGGCUGGUCUGCUCGGGCGUGUCCAUUUUGGCCAAUACAUGGAGCAUCUUAAGCGUGAGCGCCAAGCAGAAGAAGUGGAAGCCGUUGGAGUUUCUCAUUUGCACGUUGGCCGGGACGCACAUACUGAACAUGGCCAUCCCGAUCACCAUGUACUGCGUCAUCACCCUCCGGAGGCAGCACUCCAACUACGAGUGGAACGAGGGGCUCUGCAAAGUCUUCGUGUCCACCUUCUACACGCUCACGCUGGUCACAUGCUUCUCCGUCACGUCCCUGUCCUACCACCGCAUGUGGAUGGUGCGCUGGCCCGUUAACUACAGGCUGAGUAACACAAAGAAGCAGGCGGUGCACACAGUCAUGGGCAUCUGGAUGGUUUCGUUCAUCCUCUCCACUCUUCCGGCCGUGGGCUGGCACGACACCAUCGACCGCUUCUACACGUCCGACUGCCGCUUCAUCGUCACCGAGAUCGGCCUGGGCUUCGGCGUUUGCUUCCUCCUGCUGAUCGGGGGCAGCGUGGCCAUGGGCGUCAUCUGCAUCGGCAUCGCUCUGUUCCAGACCUUCUCCAUCCAGGCCGGGCACAACGCCGACAAAAACAAGUUCAACGUUCCGACGAUCGUGGUGGAGGACGCUCAGGGAAAACGCAGGUCGUCGAUCGAUGGGUCCGAGCCGCUUAAAACGUCACUGCAAAUCACUUACCUGAUCAGCGGCAUCGUCUUCAUCUACGACUUCCUGACUGGAUUCCCGAUACUGGUGGUUAGCUUCACCAGCCUGAAGUUCGACCGCUCGUAUAACUGGAUGGUCCUGUGCGUCCUGUGGUGCUCCAUCGUCCAGUCCAUCUUAUUACCCAUGUUCCUCUGGGCCUGCGACCGUUACCGUGCCGACCUGCGCAUGGUAUGGGACAAGUGCGUGGCCAUUAUGUCCAACGACGACGUGGAUGAAGAAAACAGCCAAGACGGAGGAAUUCAUGCCGACUUAAUAUAUGACAGACCAUAUGACUAUAGCGCGGCGCCCGAAAUGGUGGCGGUAGACCGCAAUGCCAAGUAUGAGUUCUCAACCUUAGAAAGGGGGGUGCCCCAAGGGUAUCCAGUGAGGGAACAACAGGAAGAUAAAAUGCAGUAUUUGCAGGUGCCCCCUACAAGAAGAUACUCCCACGACGAAACCGACAUGUGGACCAUCGACCGGAUCCCCUCCUACCUGCAGCGUUGGGGCUCCACCGAGGACAUGAUAGUGAGUGGCCUCUACAGCUCCACCUUACCACACCACGAGAGGCGCAGGAACAGCUUGGCGACCUACCACGAGGAGAGCCAGCACCCGCAUCGCAAACGCCGGCGCUCUGAGGACAACUCGCUCAGGCACCUGCCGAGGGUCGUCUACGGAGGGGAGUACUACGGGGACGAGCUGCGAUGCUUCAGCCGAGACGAGGUCAUUAACUUUAUCGACGAGACGCCCAUACCGAGCCCGAGGAAGAGCCCGCGACGCACAUCCGCCAUUCUUUAUAUACCGAACGUUUACGAUCAGCACCACGGCGUCCUGCCACACUUCCCCCUCACGGACUUCGAGCGCGAGCCGCAAGUGCUGAGGCGGGACCACAAACGCAGCAACAGCCGAAGUAGCACCCCGGAAGGAUCGCCCAAACCCGCCUCGAAGAAAACCGUUGGCGUUUCAGGUAAAGGAGACGUAAAAGCGGACCAGGAGGCGAAGGGGGAGCGGUCUUCACCCGGGAGAGCGCGCCACUCUCCGGGCGGGUCCCCGGGCGGCCGGCCCAGGACCAGCCUCAGCGUGCGGGCCGGCGCCGCAGCGGACUCGAAGAACUUGAAGAAAGCGGAGAGCAAAGGAAGCACAAACAGUUUCGUAAGCACACCGUCGGCCUCGUCUUCGGGCUACAUCACGUUUCAGUCGGACUCUGCCUCGUAGGGCGUCUCGCUUCGAUGUUUUCUUGGGAUUUUUUUGAACCUCGGACCCACCUUUGGCACGCCGGUGGUUGAGGAAACUUUUGAAUCGUGCCACUUUGACCUAUUUCGAAUCCUGCCAAUGAAAACAUGCAAUGCUUUACGACUCUGAAGCCUUUGGUUACGGGAAUGAAUGGGCCUGAUAUUGUUUUUAUACAGAGGCCGUUUUUAAGGUCAAAGACGAGCAGCUGUUUCUUCUCCGGUUGCAGUUAUUCCUCCGAGGGCACCGACACAACUCUGUUUUAAAUAGCGUGAACAUCCCCACUCCUUGUUUUGCUGUUUUGAUGUCGUUUCCUCCGAGAUGCUUAAAUGCAAAGUGAUUACAGGGAGCUGGUUGUUUUGAGUGUAGUUUUUUCCACUUCCCUUUAUUUUUUUGCAUAUUUUGCGUUUUAUUGAAUGCACAUUUGUUUAAAUAUAGAAAUCCGACGACUGCCCGGAAGUUUGGAAAUAUAUGAUUUGGUUUUGAUUGUAAUCUGUCGUAGUUUCAGAGUAUCUUUUGGUCACUUUCUUGAAUGAAAUGAAUAUUUAAAAUGAAAGUUGGGAGUUGUGAAGAGCCCUAAUAAACGACUCAAAUGUGAACUUUAUGAAACAUGUGAAUACUGGCAUAAACGACGGGUGAUGGGUUUUAUGAUUUUGAUGUUUAUUUGUUCAGUUGGGCCUUGUCCGGUUAUAUCAAUACUUGUGUUACCUUUGCUCACGAAGAUGUUUAAUUUUUACACAGCAUUAAACGAUA